GAGUAAUGAUGACCCAUUCACUCACAUAAAUUGUGAAUACCUUUUCUUGUUCUUUCAUUCUCCAAUGACCCAAAAAUAGAGAGAGAACAAAUGGGAAGAAAAAGGGCCUUUGGCACAAUAUACAAAUACAAUGUAUUCUCCUAAUUCAUUACCAUUAAAAGCGAUUUUGUCCAGCAAACAUGUCCAAAUCAAGAAUAUAAGGCCUGACAAAUGUUUAAAGAAAACAAUGUUAAUUUCCAAAAUUAAAGGAUAUGGGCUUUCGUAACGGUCGUGAGAGCAACAUUAUUGCUGGGACAAAAUUUAGGACUCUUAGCAUUUUUUAUUAAUAUUUUUAGAUUAAGAGACAUUGUUAAGAUGCAAUAGAAAAUAUACAGAUUAUUGGUAGAUACUUUUAUGCUGUCUCUUAAUAAAACAUUGUUAUGAAAUCGCUAAACAAAACCACCAUCAUCAUCGUUAUGUUUCCAAAACAGAGACGCUCUUAGUUAGUUCAUCCUCUGAGCAGCCUCCUUGGCAAGAACCCUCUCCUUAGCUUUGGUCUUGGCUUGGGACUUCAAUCCCAUUAUCCCUCCUCCCAACUUCUUCAUGUACUCCUCGUACUUGUCGUUGAAGUUUGCCUAUUCACCCGCAAAAACAAACAAACAAACAAACACGUUAAAGCUACAAGUCUCAAGCAACUAUGAAAACUUUUGUUUUGACAUCUAUUUCUAAGAACCAGAGACAGCUUGAUGUGGGCAAAACCUCUUGAGGUAAGGCGAGAAUGAUAAACUACACUCGCAUGGUAACAAACAAAUUAAUUAAGAACCAGAGACAGCUUGAUGUGGGCAAAACCCUCUUGAUCACUGUUCCAUCUGGAAGUUCUUUCAAACCCAAUUUAUGAACCUCUAGAAACAGCUUGAUGUCAAUCUGCGCAUCUCCCAUCUUGUCGUGCGAUGUGAAUGUAUCUUUAUCAUACACUAUCUGCACUCAUAAUCAUCCAAAAUCCACAGGUAAGAGUAGUAUCACAUUUUGAUGGAUCUAAAGGACAAAAGCCUAUUAAAUCAACUCACCAAAAGCACAUGUUCAUUGGGAUGUUCAAAAAAGUCCUACAUACUCUUCCUCUCUUGUAACCAUUUGAAUCUAUCAAAAAUCAAAUACUAAUGCUAUAUAUUGUGUUUUUAUAAAUGAUUAAAAUUGAAAUCUAUCAAGUUUCUAUGAGGUGGAUUCUUCGAUCUUUCCAUCUAGGAAGAGAGCAGUAAUAGAAACAUAUUUCAAAAAACCAUAUACAGAAACAAUAAAACCGAUCAAGAUCAAGAAAUCAAGAAGACCGAAUUGGAUGUGAGAGAAGAACCUGUGUUCCUAUGGUUAUGACGACAAAAGGGUCGCUGCUUCGAGAGUCACGUCUAGCGAGAUUGAUCCCUUUCUUCACCUGUAUCCUCAGAAGCCCUGCAAGUUCCUCCAUCUUCAACCUCUUCCUCUAUUCUUGUCAGAUAAGUUUCUCUGUUUUUUUCUUGUGAAAAUGAUACGCAGAGAUUUGCACAUAUACUAAAGAAUUCAAAAUCUGAAAUCAAUGCAUAUAAAGAGAUUUUCUGUUCAAUCGAAUCCCUAAUUGUUCUGUACACAGCGAGGCAUAAUAAGAUCGAAAACAUCAGAGAGAAGAGCAUCGGCGACCAUCUUGAUUCCAUGGAAAGCAUCAACGCCGACCUGAUUCUCGACGGAUGCCACCUUUACAUCCGUGCCACUUCGCCGCAGCACAUUGAUCAUCAUCAUGAUCGUCGUGGAGAGUGAAGCGGAGAAGAAAGGGAGAGGGAGAGAAUCAACGAGAGAGAGAAGAGAUAAACUCAUGCUGACGCGUGGCAUUAAGGACGCGUGCAAAAACUUCUUAAUUAAACUACGUUUCUAUUGUUUUUUACCAAUUUUCAUUUAUUUUCUGCCUCUAAUUACUAAGAAACGAGUCUAAGACCCCGCGAUAAUCUUGCCCUGACAGCCUGCUCUUAAAUGUUAAGGAAGUAAACUAAAUACAACAAAUAAACUUGAAUGAAUCAAAAUAUUUGUUUUGUUUACCUUAUAUUUUUCUUCAUUUAAAUAUAUAACUUAUUACAACUAUAAGAUUUUUUAAUAUAAAUUUUAGCUGAUACUUUACAUUUAAAAAUUAAAAAAAAAUUGUUAUAAAAUAAUUAAUAUUUAUGUAUACCUUUUCUAAGUUAAUACUUCAUUGCACUUAAAAAAAAUCUAUUGCUAUUGAUAAGAUUAAGAAACAGAAAAGAGCCAAAUUAAAAAAAAAUAAAAAGCCAAAUUUAGAGUAAUUUCAUAAUUUGACUAGGUAGUUUCGAAAUUUAAUCAAAGAUCAAGGACCAUUUGAGAAAACCUAGCUGACCUUUAAAUAUCACACGCUCCCACCUCAACAUUCCUCUGCUUGCCAAAACUAUCACAAAAACUUGAAAACGCAACGCCUAAAAAUGUUUUCUCUUUAACCUUUUUUCUCUCCUUCAUAACAUUUCCGAAGAAGCAAAUCGUCGCUUGAGAGAUGGGGAAGAACAAUAAGAUCGGAAGCGUCGUGCGGAUCCGUCAGAUGGUGAAACAAUGGCAGAAGAAAGCUCACAUCGGAUCCAACAAGGAGGAGCCUGUUUCCGACGUUCCUCCAGGCCACGUGGCAGUUUCCGUCGGCGAGAAUCGGCGGAGAUACGUCGUCUGCGCGAAGCAUCUGAACCACCCGAUCUUCCGACGGCUCCUCGCGGAGGCGGAGGAGGAAUACGGAUUCUCCAGUGUUGGUCCGUUGGCGUUCCCCUGCGACGAGUCGUUGUUCGAGGAGAUCAUCAAGGUCGUGAGCCGGUCGGACUCGUACGCGACGUUGGAGGAUAUCAGGAGAUGCAGCCACGUGGGGAUGGCGAAGAAGCUGGAGUAUCUAUGCGAAUCUCGGCCGUUGCUUCCUGGGAUUGCUGAAAAAUCUGUAUGCUAAAGGCUAAACCGGAGUCGAUUGAAUUUGCAAACCGGAUUUGAAUUGAAAUGCUUUGGUUAGAGAGAAUUUUUUCAAUCUCUCUAAUUAGAGAUUUGGUUUCCUUUUAAUGUCUUUUUAAUAUUUGUUUUCGUUUUUGCUAAUUUGAUGAUUCUAGUUUGACAGGGAAAUUAGGGAGAUGGCAAUUAGGGGUUUGAUUGUUUUUUUAAUUUGGUUUAUCGCUAAUGUCAUCCCAAGGUUGAAAGAAAGGUUGAAGGAGGUUGUGUUUGGUUAGAGAUCCUCAGUUUCAGAUUUAGAUGUUUUGGAUUUAGUCAAAAAUCCCUUUUUUUAUUUUGUUUUUGGCUAUUUUCAUUUUGUAUGUUCAGAUUUCUGGAUUUUAACUGAGGGAAUAAUAAAGAAAUUUGAAGAUAUUUUCUUUUGUUUA